AUGGAGAAAUAUCUUCUAUUUCUCGCCUGUUUGAUUGCCAUCUUCGCUAGUUCGAUGUCACAUGUCAAUCGUUUCCCCAAAUUCCCACGCUAUCGCGUACCGUUCCGUCCUAUUAUGUAUUCCCGCCGUUACGGGGCAGGGGGAGUAGGCGUGGGCGUUGGCAUGGGCGGCGGAGGCGGAAUAAUGGGCGGGCCUGGUGUAGGCGUUGGGGUUGGAGUUGGCGGCGGCGGCCGUGGAACAGGCGUCGGUGUCGGCGUCGGCGCAGGUGGCGGGACUGGCGUUGGGGUGGGUGUUGGCGGCGGGGGCGGUUUUAAUCCUGGUUACAUCUACCCACAGCCCGGUUUCGUGAGGGGUGGUCUCAUCGGGGGUGGUCUCAUCGGGGGUGGUCUCAUCGGUGGUGGAACCGGUGUGGGCGUGGGUGUAGGUGCCGGUGGCGGUCGCGGUUUGGGGGUGGGUGUUGGUAUGGGUGGCGGCGGCAUCUUCGGAGGUCGAGGUUUGGGCGUAGGGGUGGGUGUAGGAGGCGGCGGUCGAGGUUUGGGCGUAGGGGUGGGUGUAGGAGGCGGCGGUCGAGGUUUGGGCGUAGGGGUGGGUGUAGGAGGCGGCGGUCGAGGUGUGGGCGUAGGGGUGGGUGUAGGCGGUGGCGGCGGCGGUUUCAUUGGUUAUCCUAUGGGCGGCGGUUCAAGUAUUUCUUUUAUUGGAUACGGCGGGCCUGGUUACGGCGGGGUUGGCUACGGUGGCGGAGGUGGUUAUUACGGCGGUGCUGGUGGAGCUUUCUACGGUGGCCUUGGAGGUUACGGCGGCUAUGGCGGCUAUGGCGGCUACGGAGGAGGUUACGGUGGCUUCGUCGGCGGAGGCUAUCCAGUGGUGUACGGGGAUGACCUUAACUAUGACGCACCAAAUCCGUCGGGAACAAGCAUGGUAGGCGCGGCUCCACCUUCUGGCGUGUCUAAUAUUCCUGCUGCUGCUGCCGCACCCUCUCCUGCAAAUGGCGCCAUUGCUGCUGGUGCUCCAGUUGAUAGAGUCCAAGCCGCACCGCCCCCGACGUAUUUCCGCAUUAUAAGAAACGGCGUUUGGAAAUCAUCAGCUUGAAAUAAAAAGAACGGACUGACCCCACCACAGUGAAAUCUGAAUGUACACACAAUGUUUGGAAUAUUGAUUCCAG